AAUGCAGAUACACCUACGGCGAUGCUUAAUCAGUAUUGCCAUCCGUUUCGAAGUUCAAUAUGUGGGGCGUCUCGGGUGUUUGGCUCUUUCCGUCGUCGCCAAAGUGCUUGAACGGCAAGCUCUGUGAGGUGGACUCGUUUUGGGACUGCUUCCCUGGGGUUUAUUCGGAGUUUUGGCGCCUUGUACACAUGUAUUCGCUGACUUUCCUUCGGUGAGAUCAAGAAAAUCAACAUCGCUACCUGCUACUUGCGUCCUCGGCCUUCCUUUGACCACUGUCAUUGAACCACAGGAAAUGAUACAUACUGCCGGCUUUCUACAGAAGCUGGAAUCACAAAGAGGCUUCCUGUAAUCGAUGAGUUUUGAUACUGCCUCUACUGGCUAAAUGAUUCUGUUCCCGCUGUUAAGGGUUCGUCUCAGAUCGUACUGCGGAGCCUCGCCGGGUUCAACAGCCGCUCCGAGACAACAACGGGCCGAGAUGAACGGCCGCACCGAUAUCACCAGCCGCACCCGGGUCAACAGCCACGCCGAGAUCACCAUGCUCCGCAAAACACGUCUGUCGUCGAACUCUCACACUCUCACGUUGUUUACCCCUCGCCUCCUGCCCCUCGCUGUCGAGCUCUGCUGUCUGGCCCAUUUAUCCACUUCUUCUCGCUUCAGAAAACAAACCACAACUCUUGCAACAAACAUCUCACAGAACAACCACCAGGUCUCGGAGAUUGUCCAAUCUUUCACCACUACCUUGUCUGUUCAGUACAAUACUCACCCAGCAUGUCCAGCGAGAAAGCGAUCAAGUGGAACCACGAGGUCUAUGUGCACCUCCUCGGUGCCAUGGCCGUUGCCUUGGAUGCUACUUCGGGCAUUACGGCCAACAAAGAUACCAUCAUGAACAUUAUGCAGGCUCACGGUCACACUUUUACCUGGGAGGCGAUUCGGUAAGUAGAC